CCUGAUAUGAUAAGCACCUGUAAGACCCUCGUGUGUGAAGUAAUGUAAUGCAAUAGAUAGAUAAGCCCGAAUCAGUGCCACACAGACAUAAGAACAGUAUAAAAGAGAGAGCGCAGAAAACUAGCUCAUCGCACUCAGUGACCAGGAGACUUGGUGGCCACUGGCCACAUAUGUGAACUUGUACGAGGUCACAGCCAAGACUCUGACCCAGGACAUCGGGAGGCACCAGCCCUGAGUGCACCCCUGGAGGCGAGGACACUGGCCACAGCCGACGCUGACCUGCGAAUCACUGUACAGGAGAAGUCGUGCUCCUCAGAUCUGUGCAGCCAUCUGCAUCAUUGGGAGAGUCAGACCCCGGAUCUGACUCCAACCUGCCACACUAUGAUUUAAUAAAGCCUCAGCAGUGGUUAUGGCUUGGGUUUAGAUGUCCGACCAAAGCCUCAACUGAAUGCGGAGGGGCUAUUUCAAAGGGGUCCUCACUCACGCUUCUCCAGAAAUCAGACGACUUGCCCCCUUUUCCCAGCCUCGGUCAGCACAGCCACCCCGCCCGUCGUGCGAUUUCGCCCCCCUUCUAGCGCCCCUGUGGUCUGACUUCAGCAGCACUUUCCGGCAGGUGACUGGGCACUCGCUGUCACCGUAGCGGCCUCCCUCAACGAGAUCUGAGAAUCUUCCCGGAGGCUGACAGACCAUCGGAUUUGCCUGUUUCCUUCUCCCAUGUGGGGAAAGGUCUGGCUCCCAGCCCACAGGCAGCUGGGCGUUAAGUAGCACACGCUUGGGGAGAGCCGGUCCGGGGCGAACCCCAGCACUCUUAGUGACGGGGACAAGCGCCGCCAGCUCCGCCCGAAGACUCGUGCCGGCGAGCUAGCGAGGAACAUGAGGCUUAACCAGGAGCCAGCUGCGGGCGAGGCGCACGGUGCGCGACCCUAGCCUGCUCGCCGGUGAAAGGCACUGAGCCCCGGGACUUGCCGGUUGGUGUCUGUGACAGCAUGGUCUUCUGUCUGGAAAACGAGGUGCCGCGCCGCCCGCUGCGAAGCGCCAUGGCCCACUUCCAAGCCUCAGAAGUCCAGCAGCUGCUACACAACAAGUUCGUCGUCAUCUUGGGGGACUCCAUCCAGAGAGCUGUGUAUAAAGACCUGGUGCUUCUGCUCCAGAAAGACUCACUGCUCACAGUUGCCCAGUUGAAAGCCAAGGGGGAGCUGAGCUUUGAACAGGAUCAGCUGGUGGCUGGGGGCCAGCUGGGUGAGCUGCACAACGGGACACAGUAUCGUGAAGUCCGCCAGUUCUGCUCGGGUUCUGGCCAUCACCUUGUUCGGUUCUACUUCCUCACCCGAGUUUACUCUGAGUACCUGGAGGAUGUCCUGGAGGAGCUGACAUAUGGGCCUGCCCCGGACCUGGUGAUCAUCAACUCUUGCCUUUGGGAUCUCUCCAGGUAUGGCCGCUGCUCAAUGGAGAGCUACCGAGAGAACCUGGAACGAGUGUUUAUACGCAUGGACCAAGUGUUGCCAGACUCCUGUCUGCUGGUGUGGAACAUGGCGAUGCCCCUGGGAGAGCGUGUCACUGGGGGUUUCCUACUGCCAGAGCUCCAGCCCUUGGCAGCCACUUUGCGACGGGAUGUGGUUGAGGGGAACUUCUAUAGUGCUACACUGGCUGGGGACCACUACUUCGAUGUUCUGGAUCUCCACUUUCAUUUCCGGCAUGCAGUACAUCACCGUCAUCGAGAUGGUGUCCACUGGGACCAACAUGCACACCGCCACCUCUCACACUUGCUUCUGACCCAUGUGGCUGAUGCCUGGGGCGUGGAGCUGCCCACGAGGGACCAUCCCCCUGAACCAUGGAUUGAGGACUGGCCAGAGAUGGAUCAUCUGUUCCAGGGAAGCCAUAGGCAGCCCCCAGACUUCGGGGAGCAGCUGGCCUUACCCCCACCCCCACCCCCUCCUUUACCCCCUCCUUUGUCUUUUUCCUACCCUCUUCCACAGCCUUCGCCACCUCCCUUGUUCCCACCCCUGCCCCAGGAUACCCCUUUUUACCCAGGCCAGCCCUUCCCACCCCAGGAAUUCUUCAGUUAUAAUCCAAUAGAAGACUUCUCGAUGCCACCCAAUUUAGGGUGUGGCUCUGGAGUGAACUUUGUGCCUGGCCCCCUGCCACCUCCAGUCCCUGGCUCUGUCUCCCAUGGUCAGCACCGGGGCCCAGUGGUCCACCGGGGGAUGCCACGCUGUGUUCCCAACAGCCCCUACCAUGUGCCAAGGUUGGGGGGUCCCUGUAGACAGCGACUCAGGCACUCAGACAGACUGAUCCACACAUACAAACUGGACAGGCGAGGACAUACCCAUUCAGGAACAUGGCCUGGGUAGAGUGGAUUUUGGGGUGGGGCUGGAUGUGCCGAUGGCUCUGCGGGGCCAGAGUGUCUGCUAUGCCUGGCAUUAUUCUUGUCCAUUGCUGUUACCAAUAAAGGCAUGGAAGGACAGAGUGACAUAUUCCUGUGUAAGGGAGUGGGUCUUCCAAGCCAUGAUCUUAAAAUUUGGGGAGGUUUCCUCUGGGCUUUCUCCAAUCUUGGACUCUGGCUUUUGGGGAGGUUACUGGGGAUCAAACUUGGGUCCUUACACUUGAGAGAUAGGUGGCAGCACCUCUGAGCUAAAUCCCCAGUCCAUCCAAUCUUGGACUCUUAGCCCCACACUAUUUAGAAAUCAUUGAAUGUGCUUUUCUAACAUA